UUGAGUAGGGCUGGACAAGACAAAGUGAAUGAAAUUGUUAUUCAAAAAUUACUGAGUACGAACGCACAUCUAGGCCGUCGGGUAGCUGCUCACCAUUUCAAAGUCUAUCUAGUUGGUUCCAGAAAUGGAAUUGCUAUUCUCGAUUCAGACAAGACACUGAUUUGUUUACGAAACGCUUGUCAUUUUAUAGGAUCUCCCAUUCGUCAAAAAGGCCGUUCCUUCUUUGUCAAUACCAAUUCGUUAUUCGAUGAGAUAAUGGAACAAAUGGCGACGAGAAUCGGCUGUAUCAAUGAUGAUCAAUGGAGGAUCGGGGGGUUUUUGACCAAUUGUUCAAGUCAUUUGUUUCCGAAAAGGAUCCGUUCGAGAAAGAAGAAGAUCCAUUUCGGGUCGAACCAACCACCAUCUUGUGUAGUAAUUAUGGAUGCAGAUAGAAAGUCCUCGGUCAUACUUGAAGCUGAUCGAUCACAAAUACCUAUUGCAUCCUCAGUGGAUUCGAAUAUCCCUUCGGGAUCCUAUCAAAGAAUCACUUAUCCCAUUCCAGCGAAUGAUCCUAUACAGUUCGUAUAUCUCUUUCGUAAUUCGAUCACGAAAACAGUUCUUCUUGAACGGGGAAGAUUGCGAUGA